AUGCAUCAACCGGGGUUAUGUGUCGUAGCAGCUAUCGACGGCCGGCGCAAUUGCCCCACGAAACGGCAGGCGCACCUCCCAUCCCAUCCCGUCACUAACAUCGAAGACGGCCUUCGGAGCACGAGCUCGGUCCCGCGUUGUCAUCUUCACCAAGCAUGUAACAUUCACCUUGUGCGUAUCAAAUCUUCAGGGGUGGAGCAACCCAGUAUACACGUCGUCACCAUGUCGUCUAGCAAGCGGCAUUCUAUGCUGCCCGCCGUCUCCAACACCGGCCCGCGACCGCCAGUCAACUUCUCUUCGUCUCUCACCGUCGCUGACAGCGCCAUUCUUGUCGGAACCCACUCGAUCACGAUUCAAUCCGAAAGCGUUCUACACCCACGAUCCAAGCUUGAAUCUACCAACGGCAGCAUCCUGAUUGGGCGACGGUGCAUCAUCCACGAGCGAACCCACAUUGGCGCGGUUGGCAACGACGAUGCCAGCGGAGGUGUUCUUCUCGGAGACUACGUGGUCGUAGAAGUUGGCUCGGUUAUUCAAGCUGGCGGCACGGAGAUUGGGACAGAUACCGUCGUCGGAGUUCGAUCUCGGAUAGGGGGUGGUGCCGUCAUUGGCAAGAACUGCACGAUAUCACCCCUGACCGUGGUCAAGCCCGGCGAGAAGAUCCCAGACUACACGGUCGUGUACUCCAACGGCCAGCGACGGACGGACAGACGAGGAGUUGCAGACCUCAAGCACAAGGCGCAGGCGCGGCAGAUUGAUGUGCUCAGGAGACUUAUACCCAAUAAGGCCGAGAAAUGGCUGAGCUGAGGACGACACUACAAUGAUACCCCCUUGGUUCAAUCCGGACUCAGGAUUUCUUCCGAAACAACCUGGGGACCGUAUGCUAAAUUCCAUGGGCUGACUGUACUGACCAGUGAUUAUACUCUGUUCUCUUGGCCCCUGUCCAGUGACGGGUUGAAAUUUAGAUACGUGUGUCCCUAAUCAGGAACUUUCAAUUCAACCGCAACACCAAGUGGUAAAGAGACUGGCAGAAUCUGCCAAGGCAGUUCCAAAUCCACUCUGAGCUCGUAGGGUUGAGCUCUGGACAUUCACUCCUGCUUUUCUGUGCUUAUGGUCCUUAUGGUCUGCUUGAAGGAUCUUUUGAGUUGUCAAGUGACCACUCGUAUUCUUCACCUGGACUGGGACAGCGUCGAGUAUUCCGUCACCAGCAGAUGCAGCUUGGCUUGGACUUCAGUGUCCAGAAGUCUUUAGCUUCAUUAUGAGAUGAGUUUGCCUGAAGCCUAGGAAACCCCCCUCUCUAUAAAGUGCUUCCAAUACAACUUUUGUUGCUACUUGACCAUUUUGAAGGUCAUUGGAUUUUAGAUUGACAAGUUUAACAUACGCACACGCUCCUGAAUGCCCUCAGCUAGCGAUCUUAGCAAGACGUGAUUGAGUGAGUGUGCUUUAUUCAAAGUCCAAC